AUAAUUAAUAAUGUCUUCAUUAAAUUAAAAAUUUUUAAUUGAUAUUUAUUUUUUAUAACAUAUUAAAAUAUAAAAACAAAUAAAUACUGAAAUAAUAAUAAACAAAUAAAUGAGAAUUAUAUCCUUUGUUGUUUUCACUUUAAUUAGUCUAUGCAUGAUUAAAGCUGAUUUUACUUAAUAAAAAGAGGAGGUUGUCUAGUGUUUAAUGUCAAUGAGUACAUAUGAUCCUUGCUAAAAUGAAGAUAAAUUAUGUGAAGGUGAGAAAAUAAAAACUUAUGGUUGCAUUUAGACAUGCAUUUCUAAUGGUGCAGGAGAACCUUUUAGUGUAAUGAAAGAUUGUAUCCAGCAAAAUUGUAGUUCCAAUAAUUAAAGCAUUAAGAUAAUUAUCAGUAGAUCUAUUUAAUGUUUAUUAUCUUAAGCUUUAAAGUCUGCAUUAGUUUUAUUGUUUGUUCUAAUAUUUUUUUGAUGUUCUUAUAAUCUUUUGUGUGAAUAAUUAAUUUAUAAAAAUUGGUGU